AAUAGUCCGAGUCUAUACCUCGGUGGCAGCAGUCGUGAGUGUUGUGACCAGCAGCGGAGUGAUCUCAUACAACGGUCGACCCUACAGAAGUAAAUUUGAGGAAACAUGAAGACAACAAGAGAGGGGGAGUUGGUGGUGCACGACGUGGUGGUGGCGAGCGUGGGGGAGCUCGACGAUCCGGAGUACGACGCCGUGGUGGUGGUGACCUCGCAGGAAGUCGCGCUGCCCCAGCAGCUCGAGGACUUCAUACUGGCCGCUCAGCUGCUAGACUCCACGCUAGUGCAGGGCUCCACGCCGGCAGUGCUGCAAUGCAAGCUAGUGUCCAGCGAACGGCUGGUGCUGGCGCCCACUGGCACGCUCACAGCCUAUGACGACGUCAGGUCCGUGUACGAGGCGGCGCGCGCGGGCGUGCGGCGCGCGGCGUCCGCAGGCUCGCGGCGGCCCGUCCUCGUGCUGGCGCCGCAUCCGCGCUGGCCCCGCGCCGAGCUGGUCGCGCUGCUCGGGGCGCUCGAGGCGCUCUACGUGCCGCUGCAAGUCCGCGAGUCGUCCCCGGACCAGGCGACCCGGCUGCAGGGACUGGGCAUCUACGGCGAGGCCGUGAGCGUGCCGCUGCAGCCGCUCAUCGAAGAGGCGGUGGCACUGGAGGUGGGCAGGGGGCUGGCGCGGGACGUGACGGGCGCAGACCCGGAGCGGAUGACGCCGGCGGCGACCGCGCAGCUGCUGCAGGAGCAGUUGGCCGGCGGCGCGGUGUCCGUACGAGUGCUCGACGACGCUGAGACGAUACAGCGCGAGUACCCGCUGUUUUCGGCUGUCUCGCGCGCCGCUGAUACCGUCGAGCGGCACAAAGGUUGCAUUAUAUUUUUGGAAUAUGUACCCAGCGAGUACGAGAGCACGGUGAUGCUAGUCGGCAAGGGCGUGACGUACGACACGGGCGGCGCCGACAUCAAGACGGGCGGCGCCAUGGUGGGCAUGUCGGGAGACAAGGCCGGCGCUGCCGCCAUCGCCGGGUUCCUCAAGGUGUGCGACCUGCUGCGGCCGCAGCUGAAGGUGGUGGCGGCGUUGGCGAUGGUGCGCAACUCGAUCGGCGAGGAGUGCUACGUGGCGGACGAGCUGCUGCGCAGCCGCACCGGGCUGUCGGUGCGCGUCGGCAACACGGACGCGGAGGGCCGCAUGAUCAUGGCGGACCUGCUGGCUGAGAUGCGCGAGCGCGCGGCCGACGAGCGGCAGCCGCACCUGUACACGGUGGCCACGCUCACGGGACACGCGGCACGCACGUACGGCGCCGGGUACACGGCCGCGCUCGACAACCACGUGGCCGCCGCGACGAAGCACGCGCAGGAACUGCGCGCCGUCGGCACCGCGCUGGCGGACGGAGUGGAGGUGUCGACGGUGCGCCGCGAGGACCUCGCCGCGCACCGCGGCCGCGCGGCCGGCGACCAGCUGCUGCAGGCCGUCAACCAGCCGUCCGUGAACACGCCGCGCGGCCACCAGGCGCCCACCGGGUUCCUGCUGCUCGUGUCGGGCCUGGAGCGCGGCGACGUGCCCUACACGCACCUCGACAUCUCUGGCAGCGCCGGCUCGCAUCCCAGUCCCCCGACGGCCGCCCCGCUGAUCGCGCUCGCCGCCCUGCACGGCCUCGUCAAAAGCAUAUAACGUCCUCUUCCCCACUCACCUACGGCGAACAUUGAUAGUACACAGACGUUCAAAUUAUUUUUAUAAUACAAAUAUUGUGAUAUUUUUAUAAAUUUCUAUUCCAUACAAUA